UUGAAAUGACCGGUGUUCGGCGCUCAUCGUAGUUGUUGGUGACGUCUUCUCUUGUACGGACGAACUGUCCCAGUGAAACGCCACAGAUCUUUCUGUGAACACUCGAGUCAGUGCAUCUACGAUAAUAAUCUUUGAAGAUCAUGAAGAAGCUUCAUUUUCGGCUUGCUUUAGUAUUUCUAAAAUUCAUAGGAAUUGAAUUUGUGAGUGGAAAACUGUUACCCGUGACGUCUGGAAGGCCUGAUCUCGCCGAAGUAACGGCGAAAGUCAUCACCAACUGCUACAGCGAGCGAGUUAAGGAAAUCGGUCUGGUUGGCACGUUUUCCGAUUCGUUUUUCACCACCAUAGCAUCAGGCGAUUAUCCAUUCAGUACAGUUUUGCUGAACGACGACACUGAUGAUCGUUCACCACAAAACGGUGAAGUGCCGUUAAUGUUGCGCUACAAAUUACAACUCUUCGCGGUCGCGGUAACGUCAUCUUCCGAGCUCAAAGAGACUCUCGUUCGGAUAAGCAAUUCCAGGUGGUGGAAUCAAAUGGCUAAAUUUUAUAUAUUUGACUCGGGAAACAAAGUCCGAUGUUCGGAGGCAUUUGGGGUUUUAUGGACGGCAUGGGAGAUGGAUAUACUCGGAGCGAAAUUCAUUUGCAAUGACGAUAAGAAAGGGCCAUUGAUUUACAUGUUCAAUCCUUACACGAAUAACGCCGGAGAUGAUUGGAAAUUGGAGCGCAUCUACGAUGGUGUUAACAACCAUCCAUGGGCUCUGUUCGUACGAAAAUGUCAUGCAAAUGUCAACAUUUGCCAAAAUAUCGAUUUUGACCAAACGAGGAAUCCCGGUGGAUACGAAUUUCGAGUGACAUCUGUAAACAACUACAUCUUACCGAAUCACACUUCAACUGGCCAAGUAUUCCAACUACUUGCUCCACAUGAUAUCUCGGCACAUGGAAGUAACAUUGAAAUUUGUUUUGCACGAGGAGAAUACAACAUUAGGGUUCGUCGAUCAUAAUGGCAAAGGUCACGGUAUGAUACAAGACUUGAUUGAAGGACGAAGCGACAUAUUUUUCUAUGUUGUACCGGUAACAAGCUUCCCAGAACUACCAGGGUCUACGUGCGUAUCCGUAAAGUUUUACGCAAUGACUCAGUACACCGGUUACCCCUCCCAAUGGGAAAAAUUUAUUUCAGCAAUCGAUCCUCCUUCAAGAAUUGGACUGUACAUCGUGAUCCUCGCGAAUUUCAUUUUUUUCAAGUACGCUUUUCGACAAUCAUUUAUGAUAGCUUUUCUUAACACAAUUCGAAUAAUCUGCAACUCUUGUCUCGUCAAGCUUCCCGUCAAAAUGGGUUUGAGAAUUUAUCUCGCAUGUUUGUUCCUAUUCUUCAUAGUUAUUCAGGCAUUGUACCAGGGUGAACUUGCUGCUCGAUUGACGAAGCACGAACGCUAUCCGAACGUAAAUAAUGAACGUGAUUUAUUAGAAUCUUCUUACUUUAUUUAUGGGUACGAACUAUAUAUCUCAUUUUUCAAUGGAAUCGCCUACAAAGGUCGUUUUGUCCCGCUGAAAGCUUCCAAUACUUGUUCAAAUUACGCUCUACACAACUCAUCGAUCGCUUGCAUCGGUCUGCUAGAUAUUUUAGUGAACCCUGCCAUCGAACAUAAGCUUCAUGUGUCGAAGAACCCGAUCGCACAGUUCCAGAUGAAAUUUCCAGUUGGGAAAAACCUACCUUUGGAAGAAAAACUUAAUCGAUUGUUAUUGAAUUACAUGAAAUCCGGCAUUCCCGAUUAUAUUAAGGAAACUAUUUUUACUGACGAAAUGCAUACUUUGGAUUUCAAUGAAAACGGAAUUGACGAUCAGAGUUUCAAAGUCAUAAUGCUCCGGGAUUUGGAUUUUGCAUUUUUCAUUAUUCCAUUCGGAUUGACAUGUGCGACCAUAGUUUUUCUCAUUGAGUUGUACGUUUCACGGAAUCGUCCGUCACGUAUGAGAAAACGAGUCCGUUUAGCAUGGCAUUGAAUCGCAAAAUCGAAAUCCGAUCGAGAAGUGUAGGAUUAUUCAGCCUUGUAGGUUCGUUUUGUCGAAAAGCAAAUAAGCAUGAAAAUGUUCGCGCUGUAACAAAACCUCCUUGAAAGUAGUGAAGACAUUUGAAUGUCAAUAGCAAUAUUCUUACAAUAUUCAAAAAUAUGGUAUUGAAUGUCAUAAAUUACAAUAUUCAAAAAUAUGGUAUUGAAUGUUAUAAGGGUAGUUCUACAAACGAGAGAAGGAAAAGUAAUCUAUUCCGGCAUGACAUUUUUUGUGCAUAUUGGAUGUAAAAAGUAGCUUAAGAUCAAGAGUAGAACGUCUUCUAGUCCAAAUUAAGUUGGUCAGUCAAUAAAAAAAAAACUCAUAAUUUUAUCGUUGUUUUGAAAAAAUUAGUAGACAGAGGACUGAGAUUAUGUCCAGGGGACUGAUAUAA